UACCGCUCAGCUGUGGCGGCGGCGGCGGGCUCGCGCCACCUGUCCGAGUGCCACCUGGUCUCCGCCUGGCUGGGGCUGAGCAAGCGCUCCGGGUAACAGUGGGCUGACUGCGGCUCCAGGGAGCGGAGUGGAGAGCGCGCCCGACCACCAUGCCGCGUUCGUUCCUUGUCAAGAGCAAGAAGGCUCACAGUUACCACCAGCCGCGCUCCCCGGGACGCGACUAUUCCCUCCGCCUGGAGAAUGUCCUGGCGCCAGGCGGAGCAGACAGCACCUCGAGCGCAGACGGGGCGAAGACAGAGCCCCGGCGUCGUCUGUCCCCCGAGUCACAGUUGACCGAGGUUCCAGAGAGAUCCUCCGCAUCCCCGGGCAGCUGUGAGGGCAGCGUCUGCGACCGGAGCUCAGAGUUUGAGGACUUCUGGAGGCCUCCGUCGCCCUCUGUGUCUCCAGCCUCGGAGAAGUCGGCGUGCCCUUCGCUGGACGAAGCCCAGCCGCUGCCCCUCCCCUUCAAGCCGUACUCUUGGAGCGGCCUGGCGGGUUCUGACUUGCGGCACUUGGUGCACAGCUACCGGCCGUGCGCGGCCCUGGAGCGCGGCGCCGGCCUGGGCCUCUUCUGCGAGCGCGCCCCGGAGCCAGGCCACCCCGCGGCGCUCUACGGCCCCGAGCGGGCUGCGGGCGGCGCGGGGGCCGGGGCGCCCGGGGGAGGCAGCGCAGGAGGUGGCGCUGCGGGCGGCGCGGGCCUGGGGCUCUACGGCGACUUCGGGCCCGCGGCGGCGGGGCUGUACGAGCGGCCGACGGCGGCGGCGGGAGGGCUGUAUGCGGAGCGCGGCCACGGGCUGCACGCGGACAAGGGCGCCGGCGUCAAGGUGGAGUCGGAGCUGCUGUGCACCCGCCUGCUACUGGGCGGCGGCUCCUACAAGUGCAUCAAGUGCAGCAAGGUGUUCUCCACGCCGCACGGGCUCGAGGUGCACGUGCGCAGGUCCCACAGCGGCACGAGACCCUUUGCGUGCGAAAUGUGCGGCAAGACCUUCGGGCACGCGGUGAGCCUGGAGCAGCAUAAAGCCGUGCACUCGCAGGAACGCAGCUUUGACUGUAAGAUCUGUGGCAAGAGCUUCAAGAGGUCAUCUACGCUGUCUACACACUUGCUCAUCCACUCAGACACCCGGCCCUACCCUUGUCAGUACUGUGGCAAGAGAUUCCACCAGAAGUCAGACAUGAAGAAACACACCUUCAUCCACACUGGUGAGAAGCCCCACAAAUGCCAGGUGUGUGGGAAGGCGUUCAGCCAGAGCUCCAACCUCAUCACCCACAGCCGCAAGCACACAGGCUUCAAACCCUUUGGCUGUGACCUGUGUGGGAAGGGCUUCCAGAGGAAGGUGGACCUCAGGCGGCACCGGGAGACCCAGCAUGGGCUCAAAUGAAGGCCCUGACUGGCUGCAAGCAGCAGUUACACAACACUACGGAGGGCAGCCUCCCCACUUGCCACCAUUCACGUCUGACUUCUCAGGCCCUCCAAUCCUGUCCAAAACUCCCAGCAGGGUGAGCCCCUUCAUCUUACUUCUGGGAACUGCAAGAAGGGAUAAGUUACCCUUUCAAAGUUCAGCCCAGAGUGGGAACCAAAUGACUCACUGGGCUUUGGACACGCCAAAUAGGCUCCCCGACACCUGAAGACUCAAAGUCAAGGGGAGAUCAGCUAAAAUCUCGGGCCCUGCAGUUCUUCACAUUCCCAGCCCUGCUCCACAGACAGGAAAGUCCUUCAGGUUUUUACCCUCCUCUUGCCCCACCCCAGAUACUUGUGUGGAAGAGGAGGGGUCACUAUUUACAAGGUGGACACAUGCUAAUGUUUUUAUCUAGAAUGAAAAAUGAGUGUUACUUUUUUUUUUCUUUCUGGGGAGUCUGUUAACCCCUUUCUAUUGGGUGCUGCCUAUAAAUCUUGGAGGGAUCAAUUCUCCCACUCGAAGACUAGUUCAGAAACAGAUUUGGGGAAGGAGUUUCAUACUUUUGAAAUUACAAAAUACACUGUCCAGCUUGCUCCAAGCAGGAGCAGAAGACACGUGGACUUGGUGGUGAGAGGACAGGAGAGUCCUUUCUGCAGGAGGCUUGUGAAGGCUCCCUCUGAGGAGCUGGGAGGACAGAGCAACACCUCUGGACAAGAUACCACCCCCUCACUCAGCAGGUGUUUGUUGACCACCAGGUUCCAGGCCUAUGCUAGGUAUGGGGGAGCCAGAGAUUAAAGUUACGGCCGCUGCCCUUCAGAAGCUAACAGUUGCACCUCCUCCAAGUGGCUGGAUCUGCUUUUUCCCUCCUAGGGAAUUCAGAGAAGAUGAAACAAAAUCUUGAUCUUUCUUUUCUGACACGUUUGGAUUUUAUCAAGAAUAAACAACAACAACAACAAAAUAGCUGAACAGAUACUUGCAAGGUUCAUGUGUAUAUUCAGUUUUUUAAUGUUAAGCUGAUAUUUUUAAGAUGUCUAAGCUAGCAGGCAUGUGGAGUGACCCUCCAUGUGUACUAUAAAGAAGAAAAAGUGGUAUUUUUACUUUGAUGAGGUUUGUAAAUGUUUUUAGAUCUUCUGGAGUGCAUUAUGUUUGUUAAUACAUAUUUAUUAGAAUGAUGUUUUAAGUUAAUAAAGUAUUAAGACUCU